CGUUGCGAGUGUAGAUUGUGUAUGAUGCAUAACGUAUUAGUUGGGCACAACAUAUUGUUUGGUUAUGAUUAUUAGCGUUACGUCGUACCGCACGUAGUUUUGGUAUAUCGGUGGUUUGUGGAUGUACUGUACUGAUAUCGGGACCGUGCAGAGGAACGAGUUCAUGCACCGACUCAAGUGUCUGUGAGGUUCACGAUCGUGUGAUUGAAUCGAUUUGAAAAAAAAUCCGCCAAAGUGUUGGAAACAGUGAAUACGGUGUUUAGGGGACAGAGCGGCAGUGUGGAUUCCGUAAUAGGAAGGCCCUUACAGGGCAUGGCGGCCGCGACGUACUUGCCCGCAAGUAGUGCUGUGACGGCGGCCGACUUAGACGUAGGGAUGAAUAUCGUGGGCGGCUAUCACACCAGCGGGUCACCGAGGAGUGCGGCCGACGCUAACGAGAUGAAGUACCUACCGCACAACCAUCACAACCACCACCACCAUAUGGCCGGUUCACCGUCUCCCGGUGGACAUGCCGCCGUCUCGUUGUCCGCCGCCAACCCUUGGGUGAGUUUGCAACCGGGUGACCCGUGGACCGCCUCCAUGGCGGGAAUGCAUCACGCUCACGUCCACCAUCCUCAUCAAGAUGUUAAACCUCUGUCGCAACAAGCCGACAUGAUGCACCAUCAGAGGCAACAGCAGCAGACGAUGGGUUCGCCGCAUGCAUGGCAUCCCAGUGUCUCUGCACCACAUUACAACCCCGGCGGUGCUGGUUCUCCGUUGCAACAGUACCAUGCCGCCAUGAAUGGUAUGUUGGCUCAUCAUCAAACCGCCCCCCAAAUCCACCAUUCGAUGCAUAGAGACAUGCAAAGUCCGCACAAUCCUCACCACCCCGACAGAGAUGUGAGCGGCGGUGAAGAAGAGACACCCACCAGUGACGACUUAGAAGCCUUUGCCAAACAAUUCAAGCAAAGGAGAAUCAAAUUAGGUUUUACACAAGCGGACGUAGGCUUAGCACUUGGUACCCUAUACGGAAACGUAUUUUCACAAACAACGAUCUGUAGAUUCGAAGCCUUACAAUUAAGUUUUAAGAACAUGUGCAAGUUAAAGCCCUUGCUACAAAAGUGGCUGGAAGAAGCCGAUUCCACAACGGGUUCGCCCACUAGUAUCGAUAAAAUAGCGGCACAGGGCAGGAAAAGGAAAAAGCGCACCAGCAUAGAAGUAUCGGUGAAGGGUGCCCUCGAACAGCACUUCCACAAGCAACCCAAACCCAGUGCACAGGAAAUAUCUUCGCUGGCAGACAGCCUACAAUUGGAAAAGGAAGUUGUUAGAGUUUGGUUCUGCAAUAGGCGGCAGAAGGAAAAACGCAUGACGCCGCCGAACACGUUAGGCGGCGACAUGAUGGACGGUCUGCCGCCCGGCGGUCACAUGCACCCGGGCUACGGCCACCAUCCGGACAUGCACGGGUCACCGAUGGGUCAGCACUCGCACUCGCACAGCCCGCCAAUGUUGUCGCCCCAGAGUAUGGGUCAUCAGCUGACGGCCCAUUAGCAUCCAGCCCACUGGGCCUCCCUUUUGCACCACAGUGAUAACGGCUAGUGAAACCGGGAGACGACGGCGGCGACGGCGACGGCGACCACCGUACGACCGUCGACACUUUCCGACGGCUAAGAGACUACCUCAUCCGAGAUGCUGCAGGAGCAGGCGAUAACACAAUCGGUCGCGCAACCAGUUUAUGGGAGCCCUAGUGGACUACGCAACAUUCAACAAAGACUAUUUUAAAGUAAUCAAUGAAUAGACUUUUGUACAUAAAAUCGCCAUGAGUGCAAGUGAGUACCUUUAUUGACUUGAGACUUUUGUAAAUUACCUGUAAAUAAUUCAGAGUGAUAAAGCCGCGGACCGUUGGCAUUGUAAUAUAAUAAUGUAGGCAAAUAAUUGCUAAUUCAACGUUGUAUAUAAGAUUUACACUGCUGUGUCGAGAGGUGAACACAGCGGAGUCGUGAUUUAUACUUUAAAUGAUAUAAAAUAAUAGUACACCGGUACGGUUUACGAAAUAAAACAAUUUACACAGUAAGUUUAUAAUGUAUAGAAUGUCGUAUAUAUUUAAAACAAAUAUAUAUAAAAGUUGUUCUUAUGUUGUUAUUAUUAUUUUUUUGGUUAAAGUGAUGUGACAGUUGACUUUGACUUUUUAUUUUUGGAUAAACACGAACUGUAUGAUGUAAAUAAGUACUCAUUUUGUGACAGGACCUCGGUUUUCAAUCAUUUCUGAUUUCUAGUCAGUGUAGGGUGUGAGUAAUAGUGACAUAAAUAAAUAAAAAAAAAAAUUAAUAAAUCGACGGAGAGAGACGUAAGUUCAACCGGUGAGUCCAUUUUUCUAUUUGCUUCUUAUAUUCAUGUUUAAAUACUGAACCAGAUGGUAGUUAAUUAAGGGCCCAGACACCUGCUUUGCCACCGUGUAAAGACCGUGCAAACUACCAUCAGAUUAUGCUGUUCACGAAUUUGUUUUUACCCGCAUGUCGGCGAGCAAAACCAGAAAAAUGGACUCACGAAUUUACAACUUACUGACAACGAUAUCACGUUUCUUUCUGACUUAUAUUCAUUAUUAUAUUUAAAUUGUCAAGCCGUCGUACAUCACUCCUCUGUGGAGCCAUUUUCUAUUAUUACGUCUCUAUAACAAACAUCACGAUGUGUCUGUUAUCAUUAUUUUCUGUACUGUGCAAUUAUUUAUCACAAACUGAGUGUCCAACACGUCGUUUAGCUUUAGUUAUACUUUCCGAUUUUAAAAAUAAUGAUAACCGACUGCCAAAGAAAUUUUUACUGCGUUGUCUCUUUUAGAAUGUUUUUAGACUCAAAAAGUACAUCAUUUUUUGGUAGAUUUUAAUUUUAAUUUUUGUUUGUUGAUUCACUUUUGUAAAUGUUUGUAAAAAUAUUGUUAUAUAUUAUUAUAGAAAAGAUCUUUGUGUAUAUUGUAUUUUUAUCAAUGUCCAAAAAUAAAAAAAAUAAAAGUAAACUGUUUAUAAAUUA